AUGCCCUCUGAGGGCAGCUACUCUACAGUUAUUGCCUUUGAGACUAGCUACUCUACAGUCGUGGCCUCUGAGGCCAGCUACUCUUCAGUAGUGGUCUCUGAGGCCAGCUACUCGACAGAAGUGGCCUCUGGGGACAGCUACUCUCUAGUAGUGAGCUCUGAGGACAGCUACUCGACAGAAGUGGCCUCUGGGGACAGUUACUCGACAGAAGUGGCCUCUGGGGACAGUUACUCGACAGAAGUGGCCUCUGGGGACAGUUACUCGACGGAAGUGGCCUCUAAGGACAGCUACUCGACAGAAGUGGCCUCUGGGGACAGUUACUCGACAGAAGUGGCCUCUGGGGACAGUUACUCGACGGAAGUGGCCUCUGGGGUCAGCUACUCUACAGUAGUGGCCUCUGAGGCCAGCUACUCGACGGUUGUGGCCUCUGAGAUUAGCUACUCGACAGUAGUGGCCUCUGAGGCCAGCUAA